ACUCUCUGCUGAUAAAGAGGUAAAUGUAAAAAUAUUUUGGUAUUUCCCUUAAUGUUGUUGGGAACGUUAUUUGGCCAAAUCACAUAAAAAGCCUCUUUCACACAUAUUUCCCAGUAAAUCACUGGGAUAACCUUUCCUUUCCUUUCCUUUUCACUAUUCACACUUGCAGCUACAUUCAGGAACAUUUCCGUCUUGUGCCAUUUCACACAUGCCGUGGCAAUGCUGGUAUAAAUGGGGCAAGGGACCGUCCAUCAAAUGGCAGUCAUGCAACAAUUAUAGAUGCCAACCGCCAUAAAACUAAACAGAAGAUGCACGUUGUACGCCGCAGAAGACGUCUUAUUAUUUUCAGGAACAUGGCGGGCGAGGAGCAGUUUUUGUCCACUGCCGAUGUUCUUGUAAUGUAUUUUUAAAAGGAGCUUGUUUGCAAACAAAAGAACUUGUAUUGCUUGUUAGUUAUCAAAUCUUGCGCAAAAGCACCGACAACAAGCAACAAGGCAACCGUUAACAAGUCGCGGAUUCAAAUACGUCAUCAGCAAAGUCUUGUGAUUGGUUCGCCCGCUCUGCGUGAAAGCGUCUUUCGUCAGACGGACGUAAGCCUUUAUGUGAUUGUCCUUGCAAUGCAUUCAUAACACAGCCGUACCGGCAUUUUCCCUGAAAUGUUACUAGACGAACAGCAGCGCUUUAAUUUUGAGUCCACAAACUCCGCAUAUCCGGUUUCGUCCUGUCUUUUACCCGGUCGCUUGACGCAUCUUAACCGCAUCCAUAUGGUUGUACAUUAGAUGUGGGAAAUAAGAAAUCUGUGCUGCUAGCUAGCCACCGUUUAAAUACGAUCCAGCUGCUGCCAGCGAGCGUCAACGGCCGGAAAAGAGGCGCGAUCCCCGGUGUACAGGAUAACAGAAGUGUCGGUGGAUUCUUGACACUUUAAGAAGGAAGUUUACACCGCAGGAAUACUGCUGGUAGCCGUUUUUGGACGCUAUCCGACGGUCAUGUCUUCGUGUAAAUAGCCGUGGUGGAGGUCGAGGAUGGCCGCGGACGUGGAUAAAACAACCCCCGAGGAUGGACACCAGACCCCGGGCUCUGGAUCCUGGAUCUCCAGAGGGAUGUGGACGCUGCUCAUGGUCACUGCUGUCCCUCUUCUCGCGUUUGGGAUCAAGUAUUACCAAGAUGCCCAGCUCCUCAAACGUCAUGAAGAGAGUGUUCAAACUCUGGGUGCCGAGGGACUCUUUCUCUUCUCCUCCUUAGACACCAACCAUGACCUCUAUCUAAGUCCGGAGGAGUUUAAACCUAUUGCAGAGAAACUCACAGGGAUUACACCCCCCGCAGAUUUUGAAGAGGAAGUGAUCCAUGACCCUAAUGGAGAAACUUUGACCUUGGAGGCCAAAAUGCAGCCCCUGCUGCUUGACUCCAUGACAAAAAGCAAGGAUGGCUUCCUUGGGGUUUCUCACAGCUCUCUGGCUGGCCUGCGCUCAUGGAAGAGCCCGGCAGUGCCUUCCUCUUCCUUCUCUGCCAGCCAGUUCAGGGUCUUCUUGCCCCCAAAGAACAAGGUGGAAGUGGGAGACACAUGGUGGGUGAUUCCCAGCGAGCUCAACAUCUUCACCGGGUACCUGCCCAAUAAUCGUUAUCACCCUCCCGCACCAAAGGGCAAAGAGGUUCUCAUCCACUCUUUGCUGAGUAUGUUUCACCCCCGGCCCUUCAUCAAAUCACGUUUUGCACCUCAGGGCGCAGUCGCCUGCAUUCGUGCCAGCAAUGACUUUUAUUAUGACAUCGUUUUCAGGAUUCAUGCAGAGUUCCAGCUCAACGAUGUUCCAGACUUUCCCUUCUGGUUCACACCAGGGCAAAUGACCGGCAACAUAGUUCUCUCUAAAGAUGCUUCUCAUGUCCGUCACUUCCACCUCUAUGUCCCCAAUGACAGGUCUCUAAAUGUGGACAUGGAGUGGCUGUACGGAGCUAGCGAGAGCAGCAACAUGGAGGUGGACAUCGGAUACCUGCCACAGUUAGAGCUGCAGUCCACGGGCCCGUCCACUCCCUCCAUCAUCACUGACGAGAAAGGCAACAUCAUCGACAGUCGAACCGGCAGCGCUGAGCCAAUCCAGUUUGUCUUUGAGGACAUCCACUGGACCUCAGAGAUCAGUCAGGAAGAGGCCACUCGCCGUCUGGAGGUCACCCUCUACCCGUUCAAGAAGGUGUCCUACCUGCCCUUUUCUGAGGCCUUUGAGCGAGCUGAAGCGGAUAAAAAAUUGGUGCAUUCCAUUCUGCUUUGGGGAGCAUUAGACGACCAGUCCUGCUGAGGUUCGGGGCGAACUCUCCGGGAGACAGUCCUGGAAAGUUCGCCCGUCCUGGCCCUGCUCAACCAGAGCUUCAUCAGCAGCUGGUCUCUGGUCAAAGAACUGGAAGACAUGCAGGCUGACGAGCAGAACCCUGCGUUGAGUCAAAAGGCCCGCUUGCAUCUGGAGAAGUACAACUUCCCUGUGGAGAUGAUGGUUGCACUGCCUAAUGGAACUAUUGUCCAUCACAUCAAUGCAAACUUCUUCCUGGACCAGACGGCCAUGAAACCAGAGGAAGAAGGAGCAACUUUCAGCUUCUCUGGGGGAUUUGAGGACCCCUCCACUUCCACUUAUAUCAGUUUCCUGAAAGAGGGGUUGGAAAAAGCCAAGCAGUACCUGGCACAGUAAAGUGUGUGUAUGUGUGUGUGUGUGUGUGAGUGACAGAGCCUUGGAGACUAAAUCUAAGUGGAGGAAAUGAUCAUCAUUCCUCUGGGUAAUGAACCAAGAUAAUGAAAACCCUCCAACAAUUAGAGAGAAGCUUUCUCAUCUGUGUUGGCAGCUGACAAAUCUUUCUUGCCUUCUCUCCUCUUUUCUUACUAUUUAUUUGGGCGUGGUCAGAAAUGAAGUUUUAUACUUUGAUUUGAAAUAUACCCGUAUUUGUAUUGUGACUAACAGCACAUAUUAAUGACCUACAGGGAAAUAUUGCUUCUCAAACCUGUAAAUGUAGUAUAUUUUAAUGAAAUACAAAAGGCCUUGCACACUGAGCAGUUAGAAAUAUUUAAACCCAUUUAGAUCUGCUUUCUCUGCUUGUAGCUGCUGAUUAAAGCCCAUACCUUUCCUACUGCAUCAUAACACACUGAAACAUUUAAUAUUUCUUCUUUUGUAUCAUGGUUUUGCAUGUGCAAUAUUUAAAGACUGAAUAGUAGAAGUGUUUCUCUCCCUGCUUUUUGAGUUUUUUUUCACCCAGAGACAAGGCUGGAGCAGAUGUUGCCUCCAGUUGUAUUUCAGCAGUUUGUGAAGGUUUUGCCUGAAAGCUCUCUCUGAGCUGGGCAUCGCCUGAUGUUUAUAGCUGAGGCUGCUGGAGGGAACACCCUUUCUCUGUCUCUGGGGGACAAAAGCAGCAGGAAAAACUAAACUGGACUGUGGUACAUAAAAUGAUGAACUUGUUGUAUUUUCAGUUUGAAACCAAAUGUUUAAAAUGUUUAGCAGAUUUUCUGUUUUGGUGGAUGAUGUGACCACACCAAAGAACAUUGUUUUCGUUAUAUAUACAGUAGCUGGCUUGUAGUCCUAGAGCAGUUGUCGCCAAUAAAUCCAACAAGUUGCCUGCCACUUGGUUCGUAUUUAUGUAACUCAGUGGAACCAAAUGGUCAUAAUCUUUGCAAAAUUGUUAGCUUCUUGAACGGAAAGGCACACGAUACCAUGUACUGUUGUUAUUCUGCCUGAGGCUCAAGUUUCAUGUCUUUACCCAGACAGGAAGAGCUAUUUAAGAAAAAAGAUGACAAUCUGGACCUACUGUUAGCUAUUAUUCCUCUUUUUACUACACAUUAAGUCAGUUUUCAUCUUUUCCAAAUGUAAAGAAAGAAACGAUUUCCCCUUCAGGUCCUAGUCUCUGUUUUUAGUGUGAAACAGAAAAACCCAGAAAUCAAGAAAACUCAUUUGAAUUAGUAGCUGUGCAGUUUGAUAAAUGAGAA